CUCUUCCCCAAAUCCCGUGCUAACCCAAAAUAGGGUUUCUCGCCACCGGCAGCGGGAUGGGCCGCAACUCAGCGGAGCACCGCCGUCAGUGCCAUCCGCGGCUGCAUGCCCCCGAGGAUACGGCCUCGCUGCCGAUCCCCGACGAGCUCCUCACUGAAAUCUUCGUUCGCCUGCCCACCCCAGCCGACCUCGUCCGCGCCUCCGCCGCCUGCGUCUCCUUCCGCCGCGUCGUGGCCGACCGCUCCUUCCUCAGGCAGUUCCGCAAGCUCCACGCCCCGCCCCUCCUCGGCUUCCUCGGUCCGCACACCGGCUUCGACCCCGCCGAGCCGCCUCACCCCUCCGGCCCUCCGCGUCUGCGGCCAGCGCCAUCGCCCUCGCCGCCGACUUCUCCUUCUCGUUCCUUCCGGCCCCCGACCCCGCUCACCACUGGGUUGUCUGGGACGUCCGCGACGGCCGGGUACUCCUCCGCGGAAUGCCCCUGGAACAGAGACGGUGGUGUGCGACCCUUUGCACCGGAGGUACCUCAUGCUUCCCUCAAUCCCUGACGACCUUGCAGCUAGCGUGGAGGGGCCACGCCCACAUUCAUGCGAGAUUUUCCUUGUUCCUGAAGGCGGCGAUGAGGACGAUGAGCCAACAACAACCGCUGAAGAGACGGCAUUCAGGGUGAUCUGGAUGGGGCACUGUGAAGAUAAGCUCAUCACCUAUGUCUUUUCUUCCAGCACCAGACAAUGGCAAGCCAUUCGAUCCCUUACCUGGACCGAUUUGUCAGCUGGCUCGCUAUCAUCGACAGAGACGGCACCCUUCUGCCGGCGCCAAUACGCGUAUGGCUACUUUUACUGGCUGCCAAAUUCCAAGCACACAAUAAAAAUGUUGGUGCUCAACACCCGUAAGAUGGAGUUCUCCGUUGCUGAACCCCCAACCGAACCCAAAGUUUGUUACAGACAUAUAACCAUGGUGGAGGCAGGAGAAGGCAGGCCUGGGCUGGUUGUCCUUACAUACGCCCACGUGGCCACAUUUAUACCAUUUGGAGAAACAAUAAUGGGAGUUCCCGCCAAUGGCAAAAGGAUAAGGUAAUCCCACCCUCACCGGGAUCUGGGUACGUGCUCAGACAGUCGAUGGGGACACAUUUGCUUUUGAAUCACUGGGGAUGCUCAUCCUUCGACGAAGAGUUAUGCACGGACUUGUGCAUGUUGGACAUGAAGACGUUACAGAUUGAGAGAGUGUGUGCUUCCACAGUGCAAAGCUUCGCAUAUAGCAACCAUCCACCAUCGUUGUCGUCACUGACAAUAUCAAAUGACGGUUAUUGAGGAGGAGGUAAUGGAACAAGGCGCGGAGACGCUGUAAGCUGAAGGGCGCGUAGAUGGCCAUCACGAUGAGAGUACUGCCGAUCAUGCGGAUGCUGGAGGUCAGGCUGAUGUGUUGAGGGUUGGAGAUGGUGCCUAUUAAGGCUGUGCUGCAACUUGAAAAUAGGCUCGUGGUAUGUAUGUAGUAGGGUGCUUUUGCUUGUAAUAUGGUAUGUAUGUGUUGAUGGUGUGACUGCUACAUAAGGUGGUGAGAGCAUAAUAGAUGUUUAUUUUCUGUGCAAUUAGUAUGCUGAUUAAGGCUCUGUACUAGUGUCCGUCAAAAAAAUUAGUGAGGUAUUUGGAAUUAAUGUAA